GGCCGGUGGCGCUCGCGCUGCGGCCCGGCUGCGGCAGCGGCAGCGGCGGUGCGAGGCCCUGCCCGGUUCCGUUCGGUUCACCUCCUGUCCGGUUCUGUCCGGCCCAGCUCGGCCCGGCACCUUGCCUCAGCGUCCUGCUAUGGCGCUGCUGCGAGCGACCGCGCUGCCCGACGAGGGGUCUCCGGCCUGGCUACCCACCCACGUCCAGGUGACGGUGGUGCGGGCCCGCGGGUUGCGGUGCAAGGGCGGCGGCAAGCCGGGCACCAGCGACGCUUACACCAUCAUCCAGCUGGGCCGCGAGAAGUACAGCACCUCGGUGGCCGAGAAGAGCACCGGCAACCCCGAAUGGCGGGAGGAGUGCGCCUUCGAGCUGCCCCCCGAGCUGGGCACCCCGGCGGGGCUGGCCCGCGGCAGCCUGGUGCUCACCGUCAUGCACCGGGCCUUGGUGGGCAUGGACCGCUUCCUAGGCCAGACCCUGGUGCCCCUGGAGCCCGCCCUGCAGCAGGGCCGUGCGCCCGACGAGCGGUGGCACAAGCUGCACUCCAAGGCUGGGAAGAAGGAGAAGGAGCGUGGUGAGAUCCUGGUGAGCAUCCAGUUCACACGCAACAACCUCACAGCCAGCAUGUUCGACCUGUCCAUGAAGGACAAGCCGCGGUCACCCUUCGGCAAGCUGAAGGACAAGGUGAAGGGCAAGAAGAAAUACGACUUGGAGUCGGCCUCUGCCAUCAUCCCCAGCAGCAUGGGCGCCCUCGAUGUGGAGGAUGACUUCGACAUUGGGGCCAAGAAGUCCAAAGUCAAGGGCUUCUUCCUGAAGAACAAGCUGCGCAAGUCAUCGCUCACCCAGUCCAACACCUCGCUGGGCUCUGACAGCACCAUCUCCUCUGCCAGCCUGGGCCCAGCUGCCAUCACUCCUGAGGUAACCAAGUCCCCCAGCAGACACAGCAGCCUGUCCACAGAGCGCUCUGUGAAGGAUUUCUUGCCGUCUCCAAAGCUGACCCACAAGAGAGCGUUCAGUGAUGAUGUCUCCCAAGUCAGCCCAGUGCUGGAGCCCAAGGCAAUCCAAAACCUGAAGCCAAAGAACGAUCCCGUGUCCCGCUCCUCCCUCUGCAUCAACGGGAGCCACGUCUACGGUGAGGAGCCCGUACCAAAGAGCCCUGCGGCUGUGCCACCCAGCUCUGCGCCGCUCCCUGUGCCCAGCGGCCCCAGGCGGCAGGAGGAGAGCUUCGGCUUCACCCCCCUCCAUGCUGAUUCCCACGAGGUGCCUUGGGGGGUCAGCAGCUUUGAGAGGACGCAGCAGAAUGAGCCCAGGUUUAUCCCCUCUCCUCCCAGCUUAGACUUGCAAGAAGAGCUCAAGGUCUCCACCAAAGCUGUCACACUCAGUAACCAUCUGGGCAGAGCCAGGCUGGAAGAAAGCAGUCGCUUAGAGAGCAAGCCCACCCGGGCUGCCACACCCAUGGUCAUCUCUGCAGACACAACGAAGGACAAACAACCUGAGGAAAUAAGGAAGGAAGAGAAGAAAGCAAAGAGUGGCCUCUUCCACCACGGGAGCAGCAAGAAUGAUGCAGGGAGCAAAGUCCAGGGGGAGAAAGUGGGACCCUCCCACGGCUCGGCCAUCCAUGCCACAGCGGGAGAUGAGAGGAACAAACCCAGCAGCUGGUUUGGUUCAAAGGAGCCCAAGGAGUCCCCUCAGAAACCCAGUUUCCCGUCUGGGCCGCAUGCUCCAACAGAGGUCGCUGGGAACUUUUAUUCCUCUGAGGAUUGCAGUCCCUCUGCUUCCCUAAGACCUAAAGACCAGGAGAGGGAGUCUCCAGCCAAAAGCGUUGGUGUCCCUGUUCCAGAAACUACUCCCCCAUCACAAGGGGACCUUUCUCCUCCAGAUGAGAAACCUGCUGUCCCUCCUCCGUUGUCGGAGUGGGAUGACACCUUCGAUGCCUUUGCAACCAGCAGGCUCAAACCAGACCUGAAGAAGGAGAACUUCUUUGCUUCGGUGGUGGCGGAGGGCAUGGCUUUCAUCGACGAUCCCGAUGCAGCCAGCCCAGUGGACAGGUCAGCUGAGCCAGCUCACGAGAGGGGGACUAAGGGGUUUGAAAAGGCCGAGGCACAAAUCAGCAGUGAAAUGCCCACAGCUCUACGGCCUUGGACAAAUUUCUCUGGUUUAGAUGUAGGAGCCAACUUGGUGAGCACAACUCAGGAAGCAACAGUGAUAGAGGACGUGCUGAGCCCUGUGUCUGCAGGGUCGAUGGGGAGGAGGCGGAAGAGCAGCACGCCCACGGUUUGGACAGCCGCGUUUGCAGCGGGCAGCAUGGGGGAGAAGGAGGCUUCUGCACUACUGACUGCCGAGAACAGUGUUAGGGAGGGAGGGGAUGGUGAUGAGGAGGAACCUUCCAGCGGAGGGACAAAUGGAUGGAUGACCAUAGCCACUGAAACCACUCCUGACCUGCCAGAGAGUGCCCGAAGCGUGACUGAGCAGGAGCACACGGGCCAGGAGAGUGCGUUCAGCCCGCGGGCAGCCCUCCUCAGCGAAGGCACCUUUGACACCAAGAGCGGCUCUCAUGCUGCUGCCUGCAUGUUGCCCAGGAGCUCCUUCACCCCUGAGGUGGCCUCCCAGACUCUGCCAGGCACUAACGUGGCGGCUGUGCCCCCACGGGUGCUUGCAGACGUGGCAUCACAACGGUUCCCCACGGCUCCCGAGCCAGGGAUGGAGCCCCAGGGCGCUGCUAGCGAGGGGGAGGCGUUUGACAUCCGAACUUCAGUCUACAGGCUCCAGGCUAGCAUGCGGCUGGAGGCCAGCGAGAGCCGCGCCAAGCUCAGCUCCGCCAUUGGUGAGAGGCACAUGGUCCUCUCGCCAUGGGCAGGCACCCAAGAGCAGGAGGAGACGGCAGCUGGCUCGGCUGUGCCACCCCCGAAACCUCCAAGGUGGUUUGCAGCCGUGGCUGGUGGAGGGUGCAGCGAGGAGGAGAGUGGUAGCGACCAGCAGCUGAGACAGCGAGACAGUGAGGAGCGAGGGCAAGACAUGGAGGGCGUGAAAGCAGAUGUGGAGCUGACAAGGAGCCACCUGAGCAGCCAGCCCUCUGUCCCAGCGUCUUCCAGUCCACCUGUCCCAGGAGUGGAUGUGGCUGAAGCCGGGAGUGAGUUCCUGAUCUCCAAAAAUACUGAGUCUGCUUCUGUGGGCUCAACACAGGAGGAGAGAGCUAAUGAGCUGGCUAAAGGGGAUGCAUCUUCAGGGGAAGACCAGUCUGGGGGGAAUGAGACAGAUGCAGCUGAGCUGUUUGAGACUUGUCCAUCAAUGUUCUUCUUAGAUGGGUUAGGCCAGUCGGGUGCUAAGGAGAACUGGAAUCAGCCAGGUUUGUCUCCUCUGAUGGUGGCCGCAGAUGGUGCCGAGCAGGAGGUGGCAUCCAAACAGGAGCUAUUCCCUGAGGAGCUGAACUUGUCAGGACUAAACCAAGCUUCCAAGCUAGACCUGGGCCAGACAGAAACCUUCUGGACAGCUCUGGAAGAGCAGGAGGCAGCUCAUCACCCUGAAGAUCUCAGCCUGGUGGCACAACCUCCAAGGUUAGAACAUGGGGAGAAUCCAUCCCAGCCGGAGCCAGCAUGGGGUGAUGGUGAGGGGCAGCGAGGGCCAGUGGCUGACCCUGAUGGGCAAGUGGGAGGACAGCUUGGGCCUUGUGCCCCUAUGUCAGUGGCUGGCCCUUCCCAAGAGGCAGAGCAGGACAGCCCUGCUGCCAGCGAGCCUGAAGAGCAACAGUGCUCAGCAGACAGCAGGAUAGACUUCAAGAAGGCUGAUUUCUGGAAGCCAGAUAGGGUGAAGGAGAGGACCCAGCAGGAUACUUCAGCCCCAAGAAAUCCCUUUGCUCCUGCACUCAGCCCAAAUUCCCCAAGCAAUCCCUUUGUGGAGAAGCCACCAGAACCCCUCCCUGUUCAAGCCGUGCUGCCCAAAAGGCUUGAUGAGGGAGGCUUCAGCUUCACCAGCCUGCACGAGGAAGCUCUCGGGCAAGGCUUCCAGCCCACUAACCUCCCCAGGAAGCUUCCUUUCCUGCAUGACAGCCAGCCCUUGGCCUUCUCCACCCCUUUCCUUGUGGCUGCAACUAACCCUAGACAGUUUGAUUUCCCUUCCCCUGUUGCGUGCCCCGCGAGCAGCGGGGUCCCUGCCGCCAGCAGCCGCGCAGCCGCCCAGCCCUGCCCUUUGCCGCAGCCCGGUGACACACAGGCUUCAGCGCUCGUGGUUUUGCCCAGGGAGACACAGCCAGCUGAGAAGGCUUUUGUGCAGCAGACGACCAGUCCUCACCCAGUGAAACCCAUCAGUGCUGUGGUGCAAGAGGUCUCCAGUGAAAAGAAGCAGCAGCACAGGUCCAGCCUGUCGACUGCUCUGAGCAAUGGCCUAGAGAAGCUGAAGACAGUCACCACGAGCAGUGUCCAGCCUGUGGCCCCAUCCUCUCACCUGGAGAAAGCAGACUCAAAGACACAGGAUUCUUCCGUAGUGGACCAGUCUGCCAAGUAUUAUCACUUGACCCAUGACGAGCUCAUCCAGCUCCUGCUGCAGAAGGAGAAGGAGCUGAGCAAGAAGGAGGAGCACAUCCAUGAACUGGAGAACUACAUUGACCAGCUGCUGGUGCGCAUCAUGGAACAAUCUCCUACACUCCUCCAGAUCCCCCUGGAGGAAAGCAAGACCAAGUAACCUCUGUGCGGUGACUGCCACCACUGCUCUGCCUAGAGCACUGCUCCAGUACACUCGCUGCAAACAUCCCUGCACUCCCCCUGCUCUUACAAGAGGGCUCCAGUGGCUUCUGUUAGCAGAGUUUAGCAGGAAAGGUUAUCUGCUCCCUCCCAGCCCACACUUAUCCCAGCUCUGGCUCCAGGGAGCCAUAGGGUGAUGGGCUCUAACCCACCCUAUGGGGAGGAGCAGAGCCCUGUAGCUCUCCACGGAGGGCAGGUGCCUCCUUAAGUUCCUGUUAUUGUGACCAAGUGGCCUCUGUUCAGGCACUCAUCCUGCCAAUGCUUUAAGUGGUCCAGGGACACUUGAGAGCUGGAAAGCAACCACCUCACCAGUGUCUGCAUCCUGCUGCUGCUGCUCUUCUGCUCAGUCUUCCACAUCUCUUACCUCUGAAGAGGAGUACCUUGGCUGAUGGAUGGUUGAUGACAUCAGUGAUGCUUGGACUCAGUUAAGGCUCUGCCAGCAUGUUACUGGACAGGGCAGCUGGGGAAAUGGGAUACUACUGGGUGCCUCUUUCCCUUCCUGCCCCAUACAUUGUACCCCCAAAUAAAGGGUCUUCACCUGAGGAGCCAGUUUUAAGCUGUGCCAAUAUCCAACCAUAUGGGAGAUGCUACACAAAGCAAAGGCACUGGACUUAGGCUGUAGAGGACUCCUGCCAUGGUCACUGCCUGAUCCUGAGCAGAUGAUUCUGUUGAUUCCUUCACUGCAUGCAUGCAGAGUUGUGAUGCUGCCUCGCUUACCCAGCUGAGAACUGAGCUCAGGAGAUGGACAGGGCCAGCCCUAGUCUGUGCACCAUCAGUACUGCAGGAGAUUUUCUCUCGCACCACCCAGCCCAUCACUGGCCUGGCUGGCACCAGUGCGUCUCCUCUGUCUCCAACCCACAGCUGCAUUUUCUGCUCAGUAUUACACUCCCUACCUCCUGUCUUCAGGAAUUGCUUCCCCUCACCAGUGACUUUGCUUCAUCUCCCUCCAUGCAACACGAAGAUGCCAUUGGGACUGCAGCUUGUGUGCACAGAAGGAUGUCUGACCUCCUGGCCACCUCCACAUGCCAAUCUGCUAGGUCAGGUGUCCAUCAGACACUGACAACACAGCCGUGCAGUGAUCAGUGUGGCUCCCUUCAAACCCAUACUGGCACCAAACACCAUUCUCAUCGCUGCACAUCGGCGUGCCAGGCCCCGGUAUCUGGUGUCAUGGGCAUGUCUGUAGGUGCUGUAGGCCAGCUCUCAGGAGCUGAGUUCUGCUGACUGCCCAGUGACCCUCUAAAAGCUUCUGAUGUGAUUUAGCUACCACAGGUGAUGCCAGCCUAAGGCUGGUAAGCAAUGCUUCUGGCCACUGUGAAUACAGCACAGCAUUAGGUUUGGAGGUGGAAGGGUAGAGAAAGGAUGCUGCACCCUCUGUUCAUCUGCCAGGAUUUGGGCCUAAAGGUGCCUCUGUUGGUGAGAGACUUGUGUUGCCUUGAUAAAAAUGUCUGAACCCAGCAGAGUAAGAGGGUUUUGUCCUGUGGAGCUUCCAGAGUUAGUGGUUCUUUUAAAACCUUCAUGUUCUCCUUCCUUGCUUCAGUGUGCAGCAGGACUCUGAAAAUGGUGCCUUUUGCAAUGGGACAGUAGCAGUUUCCUACCCAAAUAAGGCUCUGAAAUCCAGUUCUCAAUUCAGUGCAGCCUGUCUGGGGCAGCUUUCUCUUCUGUUCUGCUAAUCUGGACUAGGUGGGUUUGUCUUUGAGCGCAGCCAGCAGAGCCUUCUGACCCCUGCCUGCAGUUGGCUGGAGUGCUGCAUGGGCAGCUCGCAUGGUGUGGAAGGUAGAGAGAUGAAGAGGUGGCUCUAGAGGAAGAUGAGACCACAGAUGUUCCAGGACAAAAUACAGCUGGGUAGAGACAGCAUUGAAUCAUGCUCAGAGUCUGAGGAUGGAGAAGCAGGGUUAGGGCUGUCAGGAGAAAAGGAGAUUUGGUGUUGCUGUCAUCAACAAGGUUUGGCCAUAUCUAGCACUGUGUGAGGAGGAGGCUUUGUUACCUGGAAGAUACCAUCCAUGAGCCUUUUGCUCCUACCUCCCUUUUCCCCUAGGAUGCAGUAAUUUGGGGUCUUGCACUUCUCUGCCUGUGUCCUCAUGUUCCUCCUGCCCCUUUGUGUCUCAGGUGUGGGGACUUUGUUUCUGGUCUAAGGUAUGAGGGGCUGAGGGGAAGAUAUUUCUCCCUUUUAGGAAAUAGCAGACACCUUUCUCUGCAUCAUCAAAAGACCUCCUGGCCUGGGAACUGGAUUCCCUUUCUGGAUGCCUGUGUCAGAGAAGCUCUUCCAUUACCUGAAGGUAGGCAGGGAGGAGUUGUGGACAGCUAGAAAGCAGCCCAGCUUCAGGAGAGUGGUGUGGCACGGGAAGGAGCGCUGGGAGAGGAGGCAGCCCCCAUGGUGGGCAGGGAUGCUGAGUAAGCACUGAGGCUUUCCAUCAGGUGGGCAUCUGUAAGGGGGAGAAGUGUGGAGCUGAAAUCUCACACCAGAGCCAGGGGCCCACGCUGACUCUGCUGAAAUCUGCUUCCUGGGACUUCUUCCUCAGCCUUGUAGGUGCUCCCCACACACAAGUGCCAAUGUUAAUAAGGAUCUUGCUGCACCUCCUGCCUGCCUCCUCCUCCUCCAUCACGUUUCACCACCUCCCUAGUGCCCCCUCUGCCUUAGUCAGCUGGGCCUUGUUUUUGUCUCCAAAGCCUGACUGUUUUGCACUGGAACACACGAAGUUGAUCUCAGAGCUGCACCAGGCCGGGGCAGUGCCCAGCCCUCAGCAAUACUUGCUUUCUCCCAUGACCUGCCUCUGGCACCUCGGAGUGACACAGCCCCCCCCGCUGCCUUCCCCUGCAGGAGCCCUCUGGCUGGCGGAGGAGGCUGGAGCGAGCAAAGCUCUAACGUUCUUACCUUGACUUUGUGGCAGCAGAGCAUCUCCAGGGGCUGAGGCAGGGAUGUGGGUACCUGAGCUGAGUGGCUAUGGAAAAAGCCAAGCAGUGACAACAGCUGAGGCUGCCCUGAUGUGUCAGAUCUGUCCUCCAACGUUUAAAAGUCCUCAGGUGAUGACUUGUGCUUGGGACAAGGCAUGUUAAGGGUGCUUCUGUCUUUGUUCUGUGUUUCUCCACCCUGCUGUCCUGCAAAGGCAGAGAUUUUCUCCAGCACACAGUUUUUAUUCUCCACACAAGAGAGAGCCUGGCUACAGCACACAGCAGCACUGCAAGCAGAGCCUGGAAGCAUCUCUGUUAAACCCUCUUCCAUUCCCAGAGUGAAAUGGUUCUGAGGCCCUGCCUGUUUUCUUGAAGAGAAGGAGGAUGAGCAAAAGCAAAAAUGUUCUGGAGUUGUUCCUGUUGUGCAUUUUGGGGUUCAGCUGCAGGUGCAGGAGGUAAGCAGCAUGCCUACUCAGGCUGUGGGUCUGUGGCUACUUGCUGAGCUGAGCAGAGGAGAGGCUUUGGGUGGGCCAGCAGCAGCUUUUCCUGGGUUCUUUUGGGACACAGCUGUACCAAUGACUCCAGGAGGAUUUUUUGCCUCCUGCUCUGGCUUUCUCUUUCUGCUCUUGAGCUGUUUCACGAGGUCUUCCACGGGGUGCUGUUGCUCUUCUUUUGUUGUCAGCCCACAACUGUGUUUCUUGCAUUUAAACGACUCUGGCCAAGUGAUUUCUUUGUACCUUGGCAGGCCCUUCUGGCCAGAAGAACUGCCAAGGUCUGUCCUUAAACUGGAACCAAGCUGAGGGGCUGUGGGUCCUCAGGGUUGUGUGUGCUCAGCCUUAUGACUCGUCUGUGAGGAAACCAUAGAUGUGGGGCGGGGAGAAACAUCCCCAAGUGGGAGCCAGAAGCGUUGGGGGGGGUUGGAGUUGUUGAUUUCCCUGUGCUCGGUGUCCAGGGGAAGUGGGUUCUGCGUGUUUCAUGUUUUACUAGUUGCAGCUGAUGUUUCUAAAGAGCUUCUUCUUUACGUUUUAAGCACUUUAAAAAAAAUAAUAAAAGUUGUUCAAGCUGUUCCUA